AUGGUACAUGGUCUUAAAACCAAUCCGAACUGCAAAGGAGACUACAUUGCGAUCAAAACGGACAUGUCAAAGGCCUAUGACCGAGUUGAAUGGGAUUUCUUGUUUCAGAGAAUGGGUUUUGAUAGUAAGUGGAUUCAGUGGAUUAUGAUGUGCAUCCGUUCAGUCACCUACACAGUUCUCCUUAAUGGUCAGGCUUAUGAGAGGAUCACACCGGAACAAGGCAUAAGACAAGGCGAUCCGUUGUCUCCAUUCUUAUUCAUACUAUGCGCAGAAGCACUAGUACAAGUGAUGAAUAGAGCGGAGCUAGAGGGGAACAUUACUGGAAUGAGACUAACGAAGAACUGCCCUUUUAUACAACACUUACUGUUCACUGAUGACAGUCUCUUUCUCUGUCAAGCGACAGUAAAAGAGUGUACCAGCUUUCUCCACUGUCUGAAGUUGUAUGGCAAACCUUCAGGACAAGAGAUCAACUUCCAUAAAUCGUCUAUCACGUUUGGUGCUGACAUCGACCCGGUAAUGAAACGCCUUAUAGCUGAGUUGUUGGAGAUUGAGAAUGAGGGUGGAGAUGUCUACAGAGGUAGAUACUACGCUAACAAGGAUUUCUUGGAGUGCGGUAAGGGCUAUAGGCCCUCAUAUGCCUGGAGAAGUAUACUGUUUGGACGUGAGCUCCUUGUGAAGGGACUUAUCAAGUCCAUUGGUAACGGGAGAGCGACAUCAAUUUGGGGAGAUAAGUGGAUUAUGGACGAGGUUUCGUCGUUAGUUGACGACUCAGGAGCAUGGAAUAAUGAGAAACUCAUAGAGCUUUUCCCUCCUAAUGAGGUUCACCGAAUACAUCAAAUGUUACCAGGAGAAGUUGACGAUUGUUAUAUGUGGGCUUAUUCAAUACAUGAGGAUUACACAGUCAAAACUGGUUAUGAGAUGAAAGUUAGAGCAAAGGCAUCAUUGAUGGGGCCAGUGUCACAAGAGGAUCAGCGGUUGCGGAACACCUUAACUCCAGAGGUCUCGGCGUGGAUAUUACUUGUAAACUGUGGAACAGAAACUAUCAAUCACGUCUUGUUUCAAUGUCCAACAGCUACUCGUACAUGGUCUAAUGUAGGAAUUGCUCUCCCUAUUGCGUCCCUGCCACGCUCUCUUGAAGAUAAAUUGUCAUUUGCCUUUGAUAUAAUGGAGGAUAAGAGCACACCGCAGACCUUAUUAGUACGCGCUAUUCCGUGGGUACUGUGGUUAAUAUGGAAGAACAGGAACUCUAUUAUGUAUGCUGAGACACAGGUUUCUCAAGAGAAACUACUUCGAGACAUGAUGGAGGAAGUGGAACAAUGGUAUAUGCUAAACACUGCUGCACCACGAGAUACUGUGGAGAGACCCUGCCUGCAAAACUGUGAUAGAUGGUUACCACCGGAGGAGGGAGUGAUCAAAUGCAAUAUUCACGCUAACUGGAGGAGUACAGCCUUACAUAGUGGGAUAGCUUCGAUAGCAAGAGAUCAGGCUGGGAACGUGUCUCACCAUGCAAGGGAUGCAAUCACUCAUGCACCCAACCCAAUGGUAGCGGAGAUACGAUAUGUGAUUUGGUCUCUGACGAGUCUAAGUGAUAUAGGAGUCACAAAAGUGAUCAUUGCAUCAGAUUACAACGAGGUGGUGGAAGCUAUCAAAGCACCCCUCCAAUGGCCUCGAUACAGAGAUUUACUGCAACAAGUGAUGAAGUUAAAAGAUAAGUUUGCAAUGGUGGCUUUUGAAGGAGAGACAAUUACAGCAAAUGGGAUUGUCCGUGAUAUAGCGAAAAGUGUGUUGAGAGAUGGAAGAUUUCAAUCCUACUUAGCGUGGGGAGGCCCCUCCUGGCUUCAUGACCGGCUAGCUCGAGAAAAGAAUUGA